AUUAACCAAUCAGAAUCAUAGGAACUCUAAACAAACACACAAUUUAGUGACAAAUUAACUAACAACAAAAAACAAACAAACGAAACGGAGUAACCUUGAAAAUGUUUUACAAUGAGUUAAACGUGUAUGUGCUUAAAUAGUAUUAAUAUUACUUUUAUCAUUAUCAUCAACACUAUUAUGAUCUUUAGUGUUAUUAGACGUAUAUAAAAUGUGCUAUUUAACAAGAUAAAUGGACUAGAAUGGAUUUAGAAUUCAUUAAUUCUACUUAUCAUUAUUAUUAGAAUCAAUACAAUUAUUACAAUCUAAUUUAUCGUGAUUACAAUAGUACAGUGCAGUACACUCCUGAUCUACAUCGUGAAAAACACUUCAGUCAACAAUUAUCAAAUAAUAAUUUAACAAAUAAUCAAACUAAAAUUUCUAUCAAUGUUACAAAUCUUAAAUACAAUUAUAGUAACCGUAAUAAUAAUGAUUAUUCAACAUUGAACAAUACUGAUUACAUUAAAACAAAAGCCUCAGCAACAAUACCAACAACAUUCACACAUAAUACUACAACAAUUGAUAACUGUUACCAAGUUAAUUUAAAAAGUAUAAUCAAUUUAUCUGAUAAAAAUAUUGAUUAUUUGAAUACUAGACGAGCUCCAGUGAAGUUUGCCAAUAAUCAUACGGAACAAUUAAAUGAAAAUGUUUUAACUCUUAAAAAUUGUCCAACACGGUAUUAUUCAGAGAGAAUCAAUCGGACAACAACGAAUAGUCAUUCUAAUGAUCAAAUUACAUCUAUAGAAAUCAAUCCAUCCAGUGCACCCUUCAUUAAUAGUCAAGAGGUAAUUAUUAUGUCUGAUAACAAGAAUCAUAAAAAUCCAGUCAAUGAAUUACCAUCAUCAACAACAACGACUACAACAGGGAAUGUACAACAUCAUCGUCAUCAUCAACAACAACAAAUAUAUCAAGUUACAAGUCAGCCGCCUCCACCGAUUCAGCAGCACCCACAGCAAUUUACGUCAGGUUAUGUAAAAAACAAGUCUAAUUCACUUAAUAUUAAUGUUAAACAGAAUACUUCAGAUAAACUGAAAUUGGUCGAUUCAAGACGUACAACACCGAGACAAUUGAAACAAUAUCAAUUAAAACGUAAUCAACCAAUUACUCAUUCAUCAUUGACUACUAGUACUGAGUCACCACCCUCAACAACAGCAACAAUGAUUUCACCAGAAUUAUAUCAACCAAAAUAUACAAUUGCAUUAAAUCAUUCCCAUUUAGAAAAAGCAAAAACUAUCAAUUCACCUGAAAAUUUUCAUAAUCCCAUGGAAAAAUCAACAUUUCCUCAACAAAUGACCUCUAGUGAUUUAGCUACAUCAUUUAUUCGUACGGCAAGUUUACAUUUAAAAUCGACACUAUCACGAUUGAAACGUUCGAAUAGUGGACAUUCAAAUAAGCCAUCAGAUGCAAUAACUACGACUACUAUUCAUACUGACGUUUUGCCUUCGGUUAAAACAAUUGAUGUUAAUGAGGUAGCAAUGCGUCAUAGUUCUCUUCCUUUUGAUAAUAAUGAUAAAUCUAUAAAACUAAUUGAUGAAAUCAAUGGAAAUACGAAGCAAUUGUAUAAAGAAUUAAAUACUACUACUACUACUGAGAAAAAUAAUAGUAAUUUAUCUUCAUCAUCACCUGGAUGUACAAAAUGGUCUACACGUUUAGGUCCUCCACCAUCCCCAUGUAAAACGACAGAUAUUAAUACUGCUGUCAUAUAUCCUAAAUGUUGUAUAUCGACAACAUUCCAUGGAACUAACACAUCUGAGAUAGUAGUCACAACGACAAUAAAUUCUACACAACUACCAUUAAAUAUUUUAAAUCAUAGUAAGAAAAAUGUUUUAAUUUUGAAAAAUACAACAACGAUGACUACUACUACUACUAACUCUGUCAAUAUAAGUAGUGUAUCCCAAGUAUUGCCUGAAAAUGAACGGAAUGAAUUGAAUUUAUCAUUAACUGGUGGUGAUGAUUGUGCUGAUGUUGGAGCAUUUGGUCGAAUUAAUUUACGUACUGGAAGUUUUAUGGGUCGUUAUCCCAAUUAUUCACAUUCGAAUUAUCACUUAAUGAAUUAUGCCCAAAAUGGGCAGCAUAGGCAAUAUUUAUUGAGUGGUAACGAUAAUAGUAGUAGUAUACAAGAACAACAACAGCAACGUCAAGACGAUCAACAAAACCUUUCAGAUUACAGACCACUUUAUUUAUCUGUCCAACCGCAUACAACAUCACCAUCUGGGAAUACAACCCGAUCAGCACCAUCACCGAGUCUUUCAUCAAUCAUAUCAACACAAGGUAUUCCAGGUUAUAAUGAAUAUUGUCAACAACAGCAAAUUGUAUAUUUUCGUCCUCAGAGUAAAUCGAUCAAUUUGAAAGCGUCAUCAUCCUCUUCCGUGACAAUGAAACGUUCACCAAGAGUGAAUUCUAUGCAUAAUCCACAAUUGUUGCAUACAAUAGAUAAUCCAGAUGAUCAAUACUCAAUACCUAUAACACAUCCUCAUGAAAUGUUAUUAUUAUCUUCUUCAUCAUCUCCGUCUUGUGUAAGUCCGCAUCCAGAAUUGGAUCCAAUUUUAGAACGCCUGUUACUGGAUGUAACAAGUAUUGAUGAAUAUAGAACAGCAUUACAUAGAAAUGAUUCAGUUACUCCGCCAUUAUCGACUAGUCGACAGCGUACUAUCAAUCGUAUACAUACUCCGUUAGGAUCAAGUGAUCCUGAAUCAAUUUCACGAUCAGCUGAUCAUAUAACCAAUGUGAAUUUAUCAAAUAAACAAUUAAAUAUUUUACAUGAUAAUAUAUGGGAUUUAAAUAAACAAAUUAAUGAUUUAAUACAAAUGGAAUUUAAUUAUAAACAGAAACAACCAACCAUUAAUAAUAAAUCACAGUUAUCACCAUUUGAUAAUUUGAAAAUAGGUAGUUCAACAGUUGGACCUAGACGUUCAGCUCCAAAUGUUCAAGUUGAAGAAGACGCUAAAACUGAAGCUGACAGUCAAUCAACUAAACAACAACAGCAAACAGACGAAGCAUCCCCUACCACUGGCACAAAACCUGGAAAAUAUACAUCAUUUAGAAAACAUCCAUUCCGUUGGUCAAGUCGGACAAGAUCAUCAUCACAUAAAAAAAUGAUUCUAACACAUACACAAUCAUCUGUUGGACGAAGUGAUCAGCAUAUUAAUAAGGAUGAUCAUACAGUUCAUUUAUCUACGAGUUCUUUACAAGCUACACCAACCAAAUCAAUAAAUAAUACAGGAAGUAAUAAAUCUACUAAAAAUUAUCCAAUUAAUAACUGUGAUGAUAAUAAUAAUAAUAAUACGUCAAUUAGUUAUAAUCAGCUGAAUAGUGAACAACAUUCAACAGUAAUAUCUAGUCGAAUGAAUACAUUGAAUUCAAGUAGUAAUUUAUUAGAUACGAAAAAAGAUGAUUAUGUAACAUUUUGGUCGUUAUCAGUUGGACAGUUAACAAUAUUAAGAAAAUUUGCUCUUAUACAAUUAGCUAGUAUUGCUGAUAAACAUUGUUCCAUAAAUCGAUCCCCAUUUAGUUGGCGUUUUAUGAAAUAUAGAGCACUUCUAACUUCUGGUGAUUCAAAUUUGCUAUCCAACUCAAGUACAUCUCCAUUAUCCGAUAAGAAACCAUUUUCUAGUAUAAAUAAUGAAAUGUUUGUGAAUAAUCUAAAUUCAAAUGAACCAAAUAGUCUUUCUCAUCAGCAUCAGACACAACCACCAGGUUGUGAACGUAUACCUCAAUUACCUAUUCGUUGUAUAUCCUAUACUGGACCAGUGUUUGGCCAAUCAUUAUCAAGUUGGCAACGUCGUUUAGGUUAUCCUCUUCCACCAGCUAUUUUGCAUAUGAUGGAUCAUUUAGAAUUAAAUGGUACUACAGCUCAUGGACUGUUUCGACGUCCAGGCGGUAAAUCCAGAAUAAUAGCAUUGAGAGAAGAGAUUGAACGUGACAUAAACUGGAGUAAAUUCAGUGAUUGGCAACCAUAUGAUAUAGCAGACUUAUUGAAACAAUUCUUUCGUGAAUUACCAGAAUGUUUAUUUACCAGUAAAUUAGCUACAGUGCUUGUCAAUGUUUAUAUAUGUGUUCCAAAUUCAGUACAAAUUGAUUUACUCCGUUGGAUAUUAAUUAGUUUACCAGAUGAAAAUCGUCUUGUUCUACAAAAAUUAUUAUAUUUACUCAAUCAUUUAUCACGUCAUAGUGAUGUAACUGAAAUGAGUGCUAGUAAUUUAGCUGUUUGUUUUGCACCAUCCUUAUAUCGAUUAAUUAAGCCAUCAUCUUUAUCUACUCAAGGUGUAAGUCUUAGUCCAAGACGUUUAAGACGAACAACUAGUGGACCAGAUCCCAAAGAUUUAGCUGAUCAACAUGCUGCACAAUUAAGUUUAAGUGCUAUGAUUACGUUGGCACCAAACUUAUUUCAAAUCUCCUGCUCUUUAUUAGAUCAUUCAACUCUUCUGACUAGUUUAACUCCGUUAGCACAAGAUUUAGAGUCACUAAUACCAAAUGGUGAUUGGCCUCAAUGGAUACAAAAUUCAUUAACUGAUCUUAUACGUGAAUGUUCUUCAUCAAAAUCUAAAGGAUGGAACACGAUUAAUCGUGAUGUUAUGAAGCAUUACAAUGCUGAUUCGGGUGCUAAUGAAUUAUUGGAUAAUUUUGAAAUUCAUUACAAAAAAAUACCAACUUCAGUUGAGUCGAAAAUUACAUCAAAUUCAUUACGUUUAUGGCGUUGCUCAUUGUAUAUACCUGAAACUAAUCCACGUGUAAUAUUAAAUCGAUUUGUUGAAACUAGAUCAUCAUGGGAUCCAGAAGUUGUACAAAUGACAAUAGUUGAUCAAAUAUCUGAUUGUGUUGACCUUUGCGAAUUACAUUUAUCUUCAACUUAUCCACAACCAAAAUGUAUAUUACAAUUAUUACGUGGUAUACAAUAUACAUUGGAUGAUGGAAGUUGUGCCAUGUUAAGUGAAUCAAUAUGGAAUUCUGCAUUUUCCAGUACAAACACUACUCAUUCUUUAACAACAUUAUCAACAAGUCAAUCGAUUAAUGUUCUAGGUCAUGUGUAUGAAGAUCAUGUCUAUAUUCGUCCAGAUAAUAAUGGUCGAGGUUGUCGUGUAUACUUAUUAUCUCGAGUUGACGUAAAAGGAUAUGGACCUGAUUGGUAUGUGAAUCAAUGGGGUCAUACAUUAUGUCGACGAUUAAUCAAUUUACGACGAUCACUUCAAAAGUCGAAAUCACCAAUUUUAACUUAUGAAUUAGAAGAUUCAAUAUCUAGACCUUCCCCACCACCAUAUUCAACUAUAACUGUCAAUAAUUCAACAACAACAACAACUACUACUACUACUACUGCUAUUACUACAAGUACACAUAUACCAAUUUCAUCAUCAACUACAGAUACAUCAUCAAUAUCAACUGAUAUAUUAAUUAAUCGAUUUUAAGUGUUAUUUUUUUUGUUUGUUUAUGAAAUGUAAACUAAUCAUCGAGUCAUUUCAAAUCAACAGGGAGAUCUAUUUAGAUGAAAUAUAAAAUAAAGCCUAUUUGUAUAUACAAUUUUCAUGUAUUUGUACUUAUGAAUGUGAAAUUACACAAAUAUUUUUGUUGUUGUUGUUGUUGUUGUUUUUUUGUUCUUUAUGAAUACUUUCUUCUUUUAUUCAGUUCAUUUUUU